AUGAGCGCAAACUCACAGCAGACGUCGCCGACAGCGUCAGAGCACGGGGGCCACGAGUCGGAAUCCGCGGAAGAACGUGAGCACCCAGGCCUCGAUGUCCUAUCACUUUCGCGCGCUGUGAGAAAAAGAAGAGCGGAGUACACGCGCAAACGCAACAUCCGAGUCAAAAUUGGCACCUGGAACGUUGCCUCGAUCUCCGGCACCGAGAAAGACAUUGGAAAGUGGUUCGUCCAAGGCGAAGGGGUGUCCGAGAAGCUCUCUGGUCCGAAAUUUGCCCCGGAAGAAAGCCCAGACUCAACCGCGGGCAAGACUGCUCCCUUUCACUGCAGCCCCGAAGAGAUCGAUCUCUACGCUCUAGGCCUGCAAGAAAUUGUGGAUGUCUCCUCUCCAGCAGAAGCACUGCGACCCUACGCGGACCCGGCACCAUCUAAGCGAUGGAAGGAAGCGGUACACAAAGCAUUGCCCCGGGGAUAUAAGCUCGUCUCCGAGAUCCAGCUGAUCGGACUGUUACUUCUAAUCUAUGCAUCGCCUGCAAUUGACGAGAGCAUAUCGUCUGUCAGCAGUACCUCUGUUGGCACAGGGCUAAUGGGUUAUAUGGGCAACAAGGGUGCCGUGGCAACACGUCUGGUCCUGGGCGAGACGACUCGUUUGGUCUUUGUGAAUUCCCACCUGGCAGCAGGAUCCGACAAAAACAGCGUAGAGCGUCGCAAUUGGGAUUCUUCUCAGAUUGUGCAACGCACUAGGUUUGAGCCAAUCGAGUCCGAUAUUGGUGCAUCUGAUGAGUCGGGCGAUGCCAUCGGAGAUGAAGAUUUCAUUUUCUGGUUUGGUGACCUUAAUUAUCGCCUCGAUGACAUUCCUGGUGAAGAUGUGCGUCAGGUACUUGCCCGUCACACUGUCAACGCGUACGAUAAAGCGCGCCAGGAGAAACAGGCCGCAGCCCAUGAUCAAGAGUCAGAUACCGAUUCUGAUGAAGAUAAGCCGCAUCCGUCUUCCCUCGAAGAAGAGGACACGAAUCCCGUCACAGAUGAAGAAAUCGAUCCUCAUAACGACCCGGCAUCUCUUCAAACUACAAUCUCAUCUUUGCUUCCGCAUGAUCAACUGCGACUCCAACAAAGGAAGGGGACAGCCUUCCACAAGGGAUGGCGGGAAGGCCAUAUUUCAUUCCUACCGACGUACAAGUACGACGUUGGAAGUGUGGCCACGUUCGACUCUAGCGAAAAGUAUCGGGGGCCCAGCUGGUGUGAUCGUAUUCUAUACCGUACCCGCCGGGAUAAGCUAAAACACGAGCAGCUGGACCAGGAAGCCGCGGAGGCUCGAAAGAGGGAUGAGGAGAUGAAGGCGCGCGGAUUGGAUAAGGCCGUCGCCGACGACAAUGUCUUGUUUGAAUAUGACCCUGAUACCGACGGUGCACAGAGCGGAGAGGAGUACAUCUCAGACGAAGACCAAGGGGAAGAGGAUGCAGCCUCGAUUGCAUCACACGAAUCGCAAGAUGCAAUCCAUUUAGACCACUACCUGUCCCACCAAGGUAUUCUCUCAUCGGAUCACAAGCCUAUAGAUGCCAUCUUCACCUUGACCUUUGAUGCGGUGAAUCCCCAACUCAAAUCCAAGGUUCACCAAGAGGUAGCCCGCGAAUUGGACAAGGCCGAGAACGAGGCGCGACCGGGUCUCACUGUUGUGGUGGACAGAUAUGGCAACGAGAAACUUGGGGACAAAGAUCCAAAUGCUGUCGAUCUCGGGGAUGUCGCCUUCCAUCUGCCAGUUCAUCGAUCCCUGACUAUUGCCAAUACUAGCGGUACCUCGGCGACAUUUUCGUUCGCAGAGCGGCAUUCCGACACCGAAAAACCUAAGUGGCUUGACCUCCAUGUCACGAGAUCAGCAGAAAGCACGAGCCACGAUGGUGAAACAAUUGCGUCUUCAACUGGAAACCAUACCCUCCACCCAGGUGAAGUGGCAAAUGUUGAUAUCACAGCCCGCGUCCAUGACAUCGAACACGUCAGGCUGCUCAAUAUCAGGAAGGUCAAACUAGAAGAGAUUCUAGUUCUCCACGUGGAUAGUGGCCGUGAUCAUUUCAUUUCUGUGUUUGGGAACUGGCUGCCUACCAGCUUCGGUUUCUCUGUGGAUGAAUUAACCUGUAUGCCAGAAGAGGGUGCUCGCACUUUGGCCAAAUCAGACGUCCCUCAUCCAUCCUGCGCGGACAGAUCCCCCGAAGUUCGCUUAUCAGCACCCCGAGAGCUGUUCCGAUUGACAGAAGCAAUAUCUGAGUUGACAGAACGGGCCGUGGCAGAAUGGAGUAUGACCAAUGGUGAAUCCGAGGAGCAUAAAGCACCAUGGACAAGAGAGCCCUCUGGAGCGUCAUGGCCAUUCCAGCCAGAUACGUGGACCCUCAAGGACCCGCAGGAUCGCGCUGCUCAGCUGGUCUUAGUCUAUGAAGCCCUUGACACCAACGGGUCUCUUACAUCAGUCUUUGCACCCGAGGUCCCAUCUCUCCACCGUUUGGAGAUCCUCUCCGAGACCCUUCUCACCUUCCUUAAUUCACUUAGAGAUGGCAUCGUCACCGCAUCAGUAUGGCAAGACAUGGAGCAACAAAUGAUCGCACGCGAGAAAUCGAGAGCACCGCCUCUGAACUGGGAAGAAACCCAGGCUUGGGUACUCGAGAACCUCUCGUACUCACCAGCACACAGCGUCUCAUUCACAUUUGUCACCUUCAUGCUUGCUCGUAUCGCCAAUGAGGUUGCCCCAGUGCCAUCGACCGCACCAAGACCAUCCUCGUCUUCCUCAAAGCAUGGAAAGACGCAGGAGUCGUCUAAUGAAUCAGCGGAUAAACAAUCCGAACCAGCGGAACUACAGUCUCCCACACCAGCUUCUGCUGCUGCAUUUAUAUCUGGCGGCACAUUCCGCCGUAAGAACCGCUCCACCAGCACAUCCACUACUACCACCACCGACCCGGUAGCCACAAAACCCUCCGCAGUGCGCAGACAGGCUGUGGAGACUGCCCUAUCAUCCAUCUUUGCACGUGUGCUUAUUUCUGCUACUGCUUCGAUGCCAUCUAAAGAGAAAGAACGCCGUGCAUCCGAGGAGCGCAGACGAGCAAUUAUUGAACCCUUUUUGAAGAUGAUUGGAGUUGAUGAUCGAGGUCCAUCGGGUGGACGCUGA